AUGAGAUCAGGUGGGAUGGAUUUGCCAACAAAAUUCACAGAUGUAGAUCUGAAGAUAACUAACAUAUACUGCCACCUGAAGGAUGUUCUUGUGAAAUUUGAGGGCUAUUGUAACACAUACUGUGAGUUUGACUACCAUAUAUUACAAAAGGAAAUACAACAGGUAUCCAAAGUGAAAGACUGCAUUGGCGUUGGUGAGUUUUGUUUAGUAGAAGAUCCAAAUUGUGGAGAAUGGUACAGAGGAAGAGUAAUACAAAAGAAGAAUCUCAUUUAUGAAGUAUUUCUGAUAGACAGUGGGGAAAAAUUGGCGGUUCGUGAUGUUUGUAUUGCAUCUGCCGUUGAUGAAUUGUUUCAACUUCCUCCAAAAAUGGUUUGUGGAAUCUUUGCAAAUAUACUUCCUGUUAAAGAAAAGUGGUCUCCGAAAGCUCUGAAUUACUUUUCAUCCUUAAUAGACUUGCGAAUUAAAGGCUGUGUGCAAGCCAUUAUGCCGCACCAAACAUUUCUUCUUGAUGUGCCAAAAGUUACUAGUGAUGUGGUAGAACUGAAAUUAGGAAAACUUGUUGAUAGAGACUCAUUCUAUCUUAUUGUAGAACUGUUAGCUGAAUUGCCAGAGGAACCCCUGUAUAAACAAAUGCCUGAUUUAAUUCAGAAGAAAUACACAAGGCCGGAUUCGGUUUUCUGUAAUGCUAGGAUCCAACCAGAUUUUCAACCAGUUUUUGGUAGGCUUCAGCCGCUUUUAUCAGUUGGAGGAGUAGAACUAGCAAAAAUAUCAGUGGCAGUCAGUCCAAGUAGAUUUUAUUGUCAGCCGCUGCAACGUCUGCUGGAGCUUGAUGAGUUGACAAGCAGCAUGUCUUCAUAUUAUGAAACGAUUAACAGAGAAAAUGUUCCAUCCUGUGACAGUCUGGGAGUCCUCUGUGCAGCCAAACGAAGAGAUGGUCGUUGGUACAGAGGAGUGAUACAACAGCUCCUCUCUGAUAACAGUGUAAAGGUUUGGUUUGUGGAUAUUGGCAGUUGUGAAGCUGUGCCUUCCACUUGUGUUCUGAAGCUCCAAUCAAAAUUCAUAUCAGUGCCUAGGUUUUCAUUUCCUUGUGCUCUAUCAUGUCUUACCGACCAGGAUGAAUCUGUAAGAAAUUGUCAGCUAAAAGAAUUUAAGGAGGCCCUCUUAAGACAAAGUGAAGUUUAUGUCCACAUUGACUUAUUCGAUGCAAAUGAACAUUUGUAUUAUGUUACAUUGCAUGGGCAUGAAUCAACUAGGAAUGGUGAAAACUUGCCGCAGGGAAAUGAUGUGAUUCCAAAAUGUUGUCCUUCCUGUAAGACAGAAAUUACUAACACAUACAGUGAUGUGGGAAUUUCUGGUGCCAGCCCUGACUUUACUGAACCUGCUCAGCGGAACAUGCUACAAUCUGGAAAUUGUUCAGGUGAGAAGGACUGUCCCAUAAAUUCUGUUUUAGCAAUACCUUACAAGACAGCAGAAAUGAAAGUAGAUUCUGUCUGUGUUGCUUUUGUAGAGUACGUACUAAAUCCUUCCAAUUUUUGGGUUCAGACAAACGAUAAUCUAGAUGAGUUCGAAGUCUUGAUGGAUAAAGUUUCAGAUGUAUAUGAUGCAGGUGAAACAAAUGAUAAGAGUCUAGAAAACCCAGAACCUGGAAUGCUGUGUUGUGCACGCUACAGUAAAGACAUGCAUUUCUACAGGGCUGUCAUCGAGGAUGUGGUUGACAGUAGUGUUAAUGUUUACUUUUUGGAUUUUGGAAAUACCGAAACAGUGCCAAUCUUUGAUGUGAGACCUCUGCUUCCAGAGUUGCGGGAAUUACCAGCUUUAGCCAUAUGUUGUUCGCUUGCUUGUGCGUUUCCAGUUCAAGAUGUAUGGAUUAAAAAGGAAACAGACUUCUUUAAAAACUUGGUGUUUGGCAAGCCAGUCACACUUCAUGUUGUUGGAAAACUCAACAAAAAGUACAGUGUCAAUAUGCAGUGUAUGAACGGCUCAAAGCAAAUUGAUGUUCUCAUAUCCAUGGUUCAGGCUGGAUAUGCUGAAUGUUGGCACACUGAGCCAGAUCCAUUACCAAACAUUCUAAGAUUUACUAAAGAACAAGACUCAAAACUUAGAAGUAAAAACAUGCGGCAGAAUAAUAACAUAGUGGUACAUAGAAAUGUUAACCAGUUGCUAAAUACUCCCUCUGUGACAAAAAAGGCUGCUUCUGAUUUCCCACAAUGGGAGAGAAUACUUUCCAAGAAAUACAGGAAAACGUCUGGGGAAAGUAACACUACGUGUCCUUAUAAAGAACAUCGAUUUAAGCCAGGAACUGUCCUCAGAGUUAUAUGUUGUAGUAGUACUUCACCAGGUGACUUCUCAUGCCAGGUCCAGGCUAAAUUACCAGAGCUGAAUAACUUGAUGGAUCAAAUUCAGAUUUAUUAUGAGACUCUAACCAGGCCAUACCAAAGAGGACAGCUUGCCUGUGUUGUGAAAGACUCCAAGAAUGGAAAGUGGUACAGAGCUUACAUGCUGCAAUACAUAUCCAAAACCAUAAUUGAGGUUGUAUUAGUAGAUUUCGGGAGCAAAAUAAGUGUUUUGCUGGAAGACGUUCAAGCUAUUCUCCCAGAUUUUCUCUCCUUGGAAUGUCAAGCAUUCAGAUGUUGUCUUAAUAGUGUAACUCAGUCUUUAAUGUUUGAUCCAGAUAAUUGGACUGUGGAGGCAUGUAAUGAUUUUAAAUCCUUCAUUUCUUCUUCCAAUGGGCUAUUGACGUGCACCAUUUCAGCCCUUGUUAUUAAGAACCCUGGCUUCUUAUAUAAUGUGGUUGAUCUGUGGGCUCCAUCUGUCAGAGCACAGCAAUUUCUCUUAGACUGUGGGCAUGACCAAUUCUGCUCUCUUGAAUGCCCGAGAUCUCUUGCUCCAUCAUUCUUUCUGUAUAGCUUUUACUAUUCAUCUUUUGAUAUAAACAUUGGAAAUGUAGAGGAGGUAUGUGUGACCCAUAUAAACAGCCCAACAAAAUUCUAUUGCCAGUUAAAUAGAAAUGCAGAUGAUAUUGAUAACCUGUUUCAAAAAAUCACAGAGAUCAAUCAAAGGGCAAGCUGUGUUGGCCAAAUAAACACCCAGAGAUUAUACUUAGCCAAAUAUUUUGAAGAUGGCUUCUUUUACAGGGCCUUGGCAUCUCCUGUAGAAUCAUCAGAUUAUGUUCCUGUAUACUUUGUGGACUUUGGGAAUAAACAAGGGGUGGCAAAAGCUGAACUGAUCAAUAUUCCAGAUCAUGCCUCAGAAAUAUUAUUCACCCCUAUGCAAGCUGUCGAGUGUUACCUGUCGGAUCUCAAAGAUGCUGAAAUUCCAGUUGAAAUAAAUAAAUGGUUUGAGAAGAAUUUCUUGGGUAAAGAACUGAAGGCAGUAAUAGUAGCUAAAGAAUCUGAUGGCCAGCUUGGUGUGGAGUUGUAUGAUAACCAUCUACAAAUAAAUAAGAAGAUUAAAGACUUAUUAGAGAGUACAACAAAUUGUCAUGCUGAUCCAAAAUGCGUAAACAGAGAUAUACAAAAGCCUCUUGAGGACCAAAAUGGGAAACAAAAAGAAAAGAUAACUGCAAUUACAACAAAAGUUAAAGGAGAAACAGAGACUCAAAUAAAUUCUUGUUAUCAGAAUGAUGGCGAAGUAUGUGCCGAAUAUGGAAAAGAAACUGUGAUAGAUCUGCAGAAACAGUGCACUAGAUCUGUACACGUUCCAGUAGCCUGUGAAAAUACAGAAUUAGUCUUGCAAAACGCUCCAGGAGAGAAAGAUAAAAGUAGAAGUAGAGAACCUGGUGAUGACCCAACAUUAGAAUUCAAGGAGAUGCUUGCAGACAAUAUGACUGAAUCGCAUAUCCAGCAGCUAAGCCCUUCAGGACAAGAAAGGAGCAUUUCUGCUAAGCAAAAGUACAGAGAUCUUGUACAGUGUAACAUUCAGCCAAAUUCCGAAGUCAUGGGUUAUAUUUCCUUUGUAACUAGCCCAUCAAGUUUCUAUAUUCAUCUUGAAGAGGAUGAGAAUAAAAUUUUGCAGCUUGCUGAAGAACUGAAUGGAUGCACACUGGAUUUAGAGCCACAAACUGGCAUUGAGGAAGGUGACAUAGUCUUAGCAGAGUAUGAAGUUGAUCAUUGCAUAUACCGAGCUGUUGUUAGAGCAGUUAAAUCAGAAGCAUUCUAUGAAGCAGAAUUCAUUGACUACGGUAACUUGUCAACUGUGAAUGCAUCCAAAAUCUAUAAGAUGGGGGGGAAAUUCUUAAAUUUACCAAGAUUUAGCAUACACUGUUUUCUUAGUCAUGCAAAAUGUGCGUUGCCUGGUAAAAACUGGAGUAGUGAUAUUACUGCCUAUUUUGUCAGUAAAGGAAAUAAUCAGCGAGUAAAUUGUAAGUUUCUGCAACAACAUGGAGAACAAUGGGAGGUUGAUUUAUUUUGUCUCGGAAUUUCUGUUAUAGAAGACUUAACACAGAUGGAAAUCUGUGCAAGUUUACAGAACAUGCCCAUGUUAGAUACAGCAGAAGUCAUAACAUUGUGGCCAGUGGCAAAUGCAAGUAAUGACCAAAGUAAUCAAAUUGUGCAUAAAGAAUAUGAGUCUGGACCUACUUUGAAAAGUCUUCCUAAAAUCACCCACCAAAAAAUAAACCCUGGACAGCUAGAAACAGCUGAAAUAGGUCACAUUUCCAGAAAUGGGAAUUUCUAUGUGAAAUUAGCUAAGGAUGCACAAACACUGCUUAAUUUAAACAUGAUGGCUACUCAAGAAGCAGAGCUGAUGCCAGUUGCGGUGGAAGACAUUCAAGAAGGAUUCGAAUGCCUGACAAAAUCAAAAAUAAUUUUCCAGUGGCAUCGAUCUGAAGUUAUUAAAAAGUUUGUGGAUAAGGAGAGCAUGCUGGUUUUUUUCAUGGAUUUGGGAAUAUAUGAAAUGGUAUCAUUCAAUGAUACAAGAAUGCUGAGUAGCAAGAUGAUGAGUAUUCCCAGGAGGGCAGUACCUUGUCAGUGGUCUUGGAUUGGAAAUACAGACAGCCUGGCUUUUGAGCAAGUUCUGAAGAUAUUAAAAGGUCAGGAGAUAAAGAUUUUAUUUGUGACAUACCUAGAAUCUGCUUUAAUUUGGCAAGUAGACAUUUUGGUGAAUGGGAUUCUGUUGCUUGAAUGUUGGCCUCAAAUAUUUAAUCAAAUAACAUUAGAGAAAUGUAACUUAUUGGGAGGCUUAAAUAAUGUGAAAAUGACAGUGCCCGUGUAUUCAUUUAGGAGGAGUUCAAUUUCAUGGGCAAAGUUUCAGAAUGAUAGGCAUUAUACUGGUUUUGUCACAUCAGCUACUGAUCCUUCAAACUUUUGCAUCCAGUUAGAAGACUCAUUUAAGACUAUGGAAGCAUUGUUUAAGCUGCUUUCUGAGCUGCCGGAAGACUUGCCAACUAUGCCAAAGGAUCUUGUUGGUACUGGUACAAGCUGCUUGAUAAAGACUGAGCCUAAUAAAAAAUGGAAUAGAGUUGAAGUUUCUGAAAUCUCGGAUCAGUUUAUCCUUACAUUCGUAGAUGAUGGAAUAUCAGCCCCCAUCCCCAUUUCAGAUUACCACAGGCUAAAAGUUAUCCCAGAAAAGCUUGUAAAUUUACCUCGACUAACUUACCCUUGCUCUUUAUUUGGGGUGUCACCCAUUCUUGGGGAACAGUGGAAUGAUGAGGCAAAGCUUAAAAUCCAGCAGUUUCUUGGUAGACAAGGCCUUCUGUUCCAGUUCAGACAGUACUGUGGGAUGAAGAUGGAGGUAGAUGUGUUAUGUGAGAGGACCAGUGCAGCAGAUGUAUUGGUUGCUUCUGGAUAUGCUGUGUAUUCUUUCAUGUCAACUAUUCGGGUAGAAUUCAAUGUAUUGAAUUCACAAAUUUUGCCUGAUCCAUUGCAAACGGGUAGUCAGAAAAGCUGCGAUGCAAGGAUAGUGUUGCAGCCAGAAAAGGAAGAGGAGCACAAAAAAUCAGGUUUGCUGUUCAAGAAUACUUGUAACAAAUGCCCAAGAGGUCGCAGUUCUAAAAAACUGUGUUGGAGGAGACAGCAAUGGAAGAAGUUAGUCUUACACAGCAAAAGAAUUAAGAAUGAGGAUCUUCUGAAGUAUAGCAAGUCCUUCAUUGGCCAUUGUUGUCACAGAGAGGGACUGAGGAAUGCUUGUCCCAUGGGUCUAUUGGCAAAAACGACACAACCUGAACCUUCUGGAUUGAGUACUAUUCUAGAUAUGAUGAAAAUCGAAGAGAACCCAUCAAAUAAACACUGUGCUAGAAAGGUAAGUUUCGAAUGUAUCUUAAAAUAA